ACCACACCAUGAUAAAAGUGGUGCAUAUAAUGGUGCAUAUAAUCAGUUUUCUGAAGUCAUAUGAUGGAUUUGUGUGUAGACUGUAGAUGUGCUUUGUCUUUGGGUAGCUGGUGUUGGGUGCAAGUCAGGGGCAAAAGUCAUUUGCAACAGAAGCUUUAGGGUACUUUCGGUUUCAUCCAGCCUCUAGAAUUCCUUCAUGAGAACUGUCACGCGAGGAGGAGCGGACUGUGUGACGCAUAACACUUCCAGUCAAGACUACCCUUCUCCUCCGAGGAAAUGCACGCUCAACUGGUGAUGACGAAAAGUUUCUGGGAGAGUAGGAAAGGACCGUGUUGGAUCGCCAUGAGUAGAGAGAGUUUGGGGAAGUGAGAAGUGCUGCUUUAGCGCCACCUUACAACGGCCAUGAGGAAAUGCAAGCUGUGCGCUUAUGUUUUGCUGGUUCUAAUCAGCCAGUCAAAUACAAUUGCAUAUUUUGCACGUGGACAAGAAACUGUGAAAAAUGAUUGUUCUGAUAGUGAAUACUGGAAUGAGAAAGGAUUCUGCUGUAAUAAAUGUCAUCCAGGGUUUAAAUUGAAAGCAUCAUGUCCUGGACUAAACAUGAGGUCUGAAUGUGAGAUAUGUGAGGAUGGAACCUAUCUAGAUAGCUCAAACUAUCAUGAAAACUGCUUCAGAUGCAAGGAGUGCAAAAAACCCCAUUCCAAAGAAAUAUCGCCAUGUACACGCAUAAGCGAUCGGGUGUGUGGGUGUGAGUCUGGAUACUACUAUAAGAAACUAGAUGCCCUGACAUGGGUUUGUAAGGAGUGUAAGAAGUGUGGACCUGGGCAGCAUACAAUUGUGCAAUGUUCUGGUGAUCAGAAUGCACAGUGUGAAUGCAAAGAAAACCAUUACCAAGUGGGAAAAAACAUCUGUGAGCCGUGUGCUAAAUGUCAGGAGGAGUGUCCAGACGUGUGCAAAACCACCACACCUCGUAACCCUGUUAAGUCCACCAGCCCAAUUAAUUCUUCAGGCACAUUACAACAAAUACUGGUCCCCGUUUGUGCAUGUAUCACGGUUCUAGCACUGGGAGUGCUCGUGUUAUACGAGCCAAUCAGACUUUGGAAGAAAAAGAGGCAAGCUUUGUCAUCGGAGAAAUCAUUAACUGCUCUCGAAGAUGAGAAAUUGAUUAUUAGAGUGGAACCAAACAGAAUAUGUGAGAGUGUUUCUUUCGCAAACCAGCCGUGUAAGACAGAACAAAGUGGAAAACUCCCAGACUGCGUCCCAAGAGAGAUCAAAAUUCAUGAAUUCUUCUAUUUUGUGCUGGACGAGGUGCCGAUUGGACGAUUUAAAGAACUUGUACGUCGACUCGGUGUUUCUGAGCAGAACAUUGACAGGGCAGAACAAGACCACCGGAACUGCAAAGAUGCCCACUACCAGAUGCUGAAGGUUUGGAGUGACAGUGGCAGAGGAGGAGGGAGCAAUGUUUUGCCAUUUCACCGCAUCCAAAUGUUCGUAUGCACUCUGAGGGACAUGUGUUUGGUUAACUGUGCAGACAACAUCGAGAACAUGUUCCUUUCACAGGACACAAGUGCUUCAUGCUGAAACUGCUGAAAGAGAAUGAAGAAGAGGGCAUUAAUAGAGAACUUAACCUUUCACCAAUUUCCAUUGGAUUCCUUUAAGAGUGGAACUGGGUCUACAGCUGCAUUUUUGUCGUUUUAUUUUAUGUCAUGUUUCCGGUUGUUUGAAGAUUUCACACUAAUUAUUUUUUAUUUUUUUGCAUGCAUAUGUUCUGUGUUAUAUGUUUGAAUGUUAUCCAGACUUUUGUUAGUGAAUGUAUCUGAAUGAGAGUGGUGGGGGUGGUUGGGGUUUGGGUUGUAAUUUUUACAUAUAUGUAAUGGAUAUAAAAUAAUCAUGCAUAUUAUCUCCCAGAUCAGUUCUCCUUAGGGCCGUUACAUAGUCAACGCGAGAAACGUGAGCAAGCGACACGAGCGACGCGAGCGACGCGCUCCCUUUCAUAGUCUAAACAGUGACGGGCGAUGCGUGUAUGCAAUACACCUCUCACACAACAGGGGGUAGUAGAGUCGGGUGAUAUUAGUAGAGUCGGGUCGCAUGAUAUUCAGAUCACAAUGGCAACUGAAGAGGAGUGUGGAUCGUAUAAAUGUGGAUGAAUACGUAUAAGUUUGCAUAAUUUUUCCUCUUCGCCCGGUAUUCAAACCAUAGACAGUCCUUCUUCUUCUGUAAACACAAUAUACUUGAAUUAAUGUACAAUACUUGCAAUGUCGCCCCCACCGACAAUGCAUAGUAUUGCGUGCAUCGGCGCGUCGCGUAUCAAAAACUAGGACGACACAUUUGGCUACGCACCGACGCAUAAUGGCGGCUGAAGCGUAACGAUGCGUAGCCUCGGGGACGCGUAUGCGUACAGAUGCGUUGACUAUGAAACGGCCCUUAUAGCACACAUAUCUUAAUAGCAUGUCCAGGUUACACACAGACACUAUUUUCUGUUUAAUAGGGUCAGUACAUAGGUGUAAAGGUUUUAUACUCUACAAACUGUAUUUUAUAUCCCCCUUACCCUAACCUUCACUCAAAUGUUUUUUCACAAAACUUCAUUGUUGUAUGAUUUAUAAGCUUGCUUGAUUCCUCAUGUUCCUCAAAUUUACUGGUAUAACUGUCCUUGCAACAUAAUGUAAUACCAGGUGUCACACUAUUGUUCCAAAUUUUGGGAAAGGUUAGGUUUUUGUUCUGUUAGUUAUUGUUGUUGUUUUUGUUUAGUUUAGUUUUUCUUCACCAAGACUAUUACAGUCAAAACUACAGUCCAAAUAAUGUUCUGUAAUUUUUAGCAGACAUUUUUUUUUUUUUUUUGGGGCGAGGGGUUGCUCUUGAUAGGUUUUGUGAGAGGCCUUAUUUACCCAAUUAUGAGGUCUGUAUAGAUGAAUGUAAUGCUGAUAGCAAAGGUAUUUACAUGUACAAAACAAAAACCUUAAUUUCAUUUGUAUUUGAGGGGUGAUUUGUAUAAUUGCAUUAUUCCACAGGUUAAUAUGGUGCUUCCACUGGAAACUAGCAUUAAAAUUCAAUGAAAAUGCAAAUUAUAAAGCUGAUUUGACCCCA